CUGAGACUGAUUGAUUUCAAAACUUGACGGGUUUCGAGUUUCACAGGAGUUUACAGUGGACGUGUGUGUGUUUGGACAGAGAUGAACGCAGAGGUGGAUUACGGAUGCUCGGUGAGCAGCGGGAACGGGAAGCUGCGGCAGUGGCUCAUCGAGCAGGUGGACUGCGGCAAGUACCAGGGGCUGGUAUGGGAGAACGACGAGAAGAGCAUCUUCAGGAUCCCCUGGAAACACGCCGGGAAACAGGACUACAAUCGUGAUGAGGAUGCCGCGCUUUUCAAGGCCUGGGCGCUGUUUAAAGGAAAGUUUCGGGAGGGGAUCGAUAAGGCAGACCCCCCGACCUGGAAGACUCGCCUCCGCUGCGCCCUCAACAAGAGCAACGACUUCGAGGAGAUGGUGGAGAGGAGCCAGCUGGACAUCUCUGACCCCUACAAAGUGUACCGUGUCAUCCCUGAGGGCGCCAAGAAAAGACCCCGGCAGGAGGACAGUCCUUUGAGUCCAACUAGCUAUCAGGUCCACUCCCCCUACCCGACACUGCAGACCCAGAUGCCACAGUACAUGCCCACACCAGAGGGUGGGUGGAGAGAUUACUGCCAGGAGCCGUCCUCGCUGCCUGACUUGCCCUUCCCUCAGUGUCCCUGUCCCCCACGCAGCCUGCCAUGGCAGGGCCCGUCCAUGGAGAAUGGAUACCAGCUCAGAGCCUCCAUUUACUCGUACGGCCCUGCUGAUAGCCAGCCCACGCCUUUCACACUGGAUGCCGGCAUCAGAUCAGCAGAGGCGCUCUCAGACCUCCGCCUGCAUGUGUCUAUAUAUUUCCGGGAUGCUCUGGUAAGGGAGGUGACCACCUCCAGUCCGGAGGGCUGCCACAUCACUUCCUGCUCCCCAGAGGAGAAGCACUACCUGUCGUCAGGAGGACCGGAGGUGGUGCUUCUCCCUGUGGACAGCCUCUCAGCCCAGAGGAGGGCAGAUGAGUGUCCCCCGAGUCCCCCAUCAACCUCAGAAAAGGGAGUUUUUCUGUGGAUGGGCCCAGACGGACUCUACGCUCGCAGGCUGUGUCUGGGCAGAGUGUAUUGGCAGGGAGGACUGUCCCAGUACGGAGACAAGCUCAACAAACUGGAGAGAGAAGUCACCUGUAAACUCCUCCACACACAGGACUACCUGACAGAGCUUCAGAGUUACGGGCUCCAUGGUCGGCCUCUACCUCGCUUCCAGGUCCUGCUGAGUUUUGGAGAUGACUUCCUGGACGCGCAGAGGCAAAGACAGAGCCUCACAGUCCAGGUGGAGCCGCUGUUUGCCAGGCAGCUCCUGUACUACGCCCAGCAGAUGGGCGGCCACUACUACCGCAGUUACGAGCAUCCCGGAGUCACAGACCACAUAAACGCCCCUGAGGACUACCAGAGGACCAUCACACAUCAUCUCCACAGCAGCAGCCUGCAGGAGUGACCUCUGUGGGUUCAGUGACUGUUGAAAACUUCAAGAUGCAGCUCUGACCUUUGACAUAGGAGACGAGGAAACUGAGACUGGAGGACAAACUUGGACAGUGUUAUACAUGAAGAUUAAGGACAUUUAGUGACAGUGUUUGCCAUCUGUGUGUGUGUGUGUGUGUGUGUGUGUGUGUGUGUUGCAUUUUCUCUAUCCCCUUUCAUUUUUUAUGGCACCAUGAAUAUUUUCCAUACUGACUAUGCAAGAAAACUGACAGCUUAGGCGAUUGUACUUGUAAAAAUACGUGAUGAAAUGUAGUGCCUCAUAUAAAUAGAUAGUUUAACAUUUUGGGAAAUGUAUUUUCUUGUCAAACUGAGAACAUUCUGGAGUCUGUACAGUGAACACAUAAAGCUGGAGCCAGCUAGCUAUUAGCUUAGCUUAGUAGAACCAAUGAAAACAGGAAAUUGGUUAGCUACUAGCAACUUUCUAAAACUCACAAGUCAUCAUUUUCGUUUUUAUUUGUUUAUUCUGAAAAACAAUGAAGUUCAAAAACAUGAAAUUUA